AUCAUCCCUCCGUCGUCUGUUAUGAAGUCUGAAAAGAAAAUUUCCCUCUUUUCAAAAUUUCUUCGAGUCUAGACGCUUAAACCUCCUUCCUCUAGGAGAAGAGCAGAAGGAAGAAGGUAGUAGAGCUUAAAAUCAAAAGAUGAUAAUUGGUAAUGUUGUGUGGCAGUGGAUUUGGAGAAUCCUGUGGGUGAUGGCACAGGAACAACAGAAAGAUCUGCUGCAGCAGAUUCAGCUGUCUAUGAAGGUGAUCCAAAUCCCGAGCCCUAUGAGGGUAUGGUGUUUGAAUCUGAAGAGGCUGCUAAGAAUUUCUACGAUGAAUAUGCCAGACAUGUAGGAUUUGUAACCCGUAUUGUAUCCUCCCGUCGUUCAGAGAGAGAUGGAUCAAUUAUAUCCCGUCGACUUGCAUGUAAUAAGGAGGGGUUUAAUCUGAACAGUCGGAAAAUAGGGCGUGUCCAAAUUAGGAAGAGAGAAAGCAAAAGGGAAGGUUGCAUGGCUAUGAUUCUGAUAAAGAGAGAGAAGCCUGGGAAGUGGAUUGUUACCAAAUUUAUGAAGGACCAUAAUCAUCCACUGAUGGUCUCCUCUGGCAAGGAUCACCCAACCCCGGAUGAGAAGGAUAAGAAAAUUCGGGAACUAUCUCUAGAGCUGCAUCGUGCAAAUCAACGGCUAGCUGCUUGUCGAGAACAGCUGCACACCUUUAUAAGAUAUAUUGAAGAACAUACCUACCACCUAUCAGGAACGGUUGAUGAUGUAGUCAACAAUAUCAAAGAAAUUGAAUCUAGAGACAAAGAACUUUCACAAUACAGAUAGGAGUGGAAAUUUCAGGCCAGCACCUUUGUAUAAUUCUUCCAUAUUGUAUAAUUAAAUCUCUAUUUAUAGUCCACCAUAAUCUUUGUGCUCUAAAGCAUGUAUAAAUUCAUUUUUUUUGUUAAUAAAGUGUCUACAUUUGUGAUGGUUACUAGUUAACAUUCCAUUUCAUGCU